AUGUUGUCAGUCGGCCUUCCUGCUUCUUCGCGAGCGGUUUGAAUGGCAGGUCUUACGUGUGUUGCGUGAUCGGUCUUUUAAACAUUCAGUUUAUGAAAAUUCAAUUUUCAGUGUUGUUCCUUCCAUUAGAAAAGAAAGGUGAUUAAGAAGAUGCACGUGCUUAAGGAAAUUAUUAUUGCGGUGCUGGCCAUUCAAAUGGUUUUCUCUGAAUCAGAAGGUCUUCCAGGAAUUUUGGGAGGAAUUGAAAAUGUCGCCAACAGUGCUACUACUUUUCUGUCAGGACUUUUGCAACGACAGAAAGAAUUGAUACACCGCGUUACGGACACGGCCUCUAAUUACAAAUUUGGCCUUCCUAAUUCGAUAUGGAUAUUCAUUACCAGUUGCUAUUUUUCACAAGAAUACUUUCUGCAUCACCAUCAAUCUCCAUCCUCCGCUAAAUCGCUUUAUUAUGACUAUCAGUGCUAUUUUAACACCGCGGUGGAGACGCCGAGGAAUCUUCUCAUCAACGCGACUAAACUCACCACUGGUUACAUUGACAGCGCAGCCUCGAAGGGUCUGGAGUUGAAAAUUCGAAGGUUCAUAGACAAACUUCGUGCCAGAAUGCCCUAUGGGAUACCAGAACUUGGAAUCCCACCUUUGGAACCGUAUCGUCUUGAUGAACUGGAUAUACAUGUAGACAAUUCAGACAUAGGGAACAUAUCCAUCGUUUUGGAGGAUAUCGUGCUAUACAAUUUGUCGACCUUCGUGGUCAACAAGGCGAAACUAUCCUUGAUCGGACCAACGUUUGCGGCGAAUAUUUCUAUUCCGGAAAUAUACGCGGAGGGCCUUUACAAUAUAUCCGGAGUCCUGGGGAACACAGUCGAUUUGAAAGGUGCUGGGUCUUUCAAAGCGAAUGUAUAUGAUUUCCAACUGUAUGUGAACAGUUUAUUGGGAUUCCACAAAGGAGUGUACUUGAAGACCUUUGACAUGGACUUUUCAUUGAGAUCCAUCGAUAUCAAUUUGGGCAAUUUCAUGGAUGAUGAUGAAUUGUCCGACGUCAUGAACAAGGUCUUUAAGGAGUUAACACCAAAGGUCAUAGAAGCUAUCAAGCCGGACAUACUUCCGGGUAUCCAGAGUUAUGUAGGUAGCAAAAUUAACGAGACCGUCCAUCAAAUCACCCUGAAGGACAUAAUUAGUGUGUUGGGCAAUAACGAAAUCCGAGAAUUUACGCACAUUAUUGCGGUCUAAAUAUAUUUCUAAUGAAUUCUAUUAUUUGUAAAAAGUUUAAAAAAUAAUACCAACGAUAUUUAACUAUAUAUUUAACUAUUUAUAGAAUUCAAUUUAGUAUGUUUUUAAUUUGAAGUCAAAGAUAGUCAUUUCUUUCAUUCUUUUUAAAAGAUCUUUUCCUCCUUUGAAAGAUCUUACAAAAUUUGUCAAUAGUUACAUUUUGAAAAAUUACAUUUCAAUAAAAUAGGGAGUAUUUGUUAAAUUAUGAGUAUCAUAAAGUAGGUUCUUUAAAAAAUGAUUUUAGAUAUGAAAAUUUUGUUAUAUAAAAAUAGAAUUUCUUAAGGCAGCACAAACAUUGAUGUCUUUUUAAGUAUGCUUUUUUGAAGUAAAUCUUGUCUGUAUUUCUUACAAUUUUGGAGAUAUUUAGUGGUAAGUAGAGUGUGGUUCUUUAAUCUUGUAGUUUGUUGUAGAAACUUGUGUAAGCUUUUUAGUAGUGCUGUUAUAAUGUUGUUCUGAAUGUUCCAACAUGUUCUUAAAAAUGUACUUUACUAUAUGGGAAAUAUAAAAGUUCUUAUUACGCACAUA